CAAAGUUUUUUAUAAUGCUCAUCUAAUUCAUUUCGUUAUGAGAUGUCUGCACAAAAACAAAAGAAAACGACUUCUCCUUGGACCCUAUGUGAAAAAUGUUCAGUAUCUCUGCUUUACAAAGAUAAGGAAGCUCAUAUAACUGAUUGUCCCCCUGAUGUUAAUGAACCAAUCUACAAUUUUAUAAAGAAAGGAGUCUUAUAUGGAACCGUGGAUCAGAAAUGUAAUGAAGAUGUCAAGAAUUUGAGCACUAGAGAAAGAGACAACUUGGUCUUUUUGAGUGAAUCUGUCAUUAGACUUUGUUCACUUGCUAUAGGUGAUUGGGUAUCAGUUAAAAGUUUGAAUGGGUCCAGUCAAGUUGCUAAAAUUGUGUGGCCCACUACUGAAAAAACUCUCACAUCUGUGCUCUUCACAAAAAAUGGUCUUGACUUGAGUUUAUUUUCAAUCAACCAAAAAGUUAUAGUAUCAAAGCUCUCUUCAGAGCCUAGGAAAGCUAGUUGUGUUACUUUGGUAACAUUAAAUGGUCCAAAAUCUUUAGAAUUCUCAUCAGAAUUGUACAACAGGAUAAGUAAAUCUCAUGAGUCAAGAAUUUUGAGCCUAGGAAAUCAAAUUGGGUCAAUGUUCUAUGGUAAACUUUUGAGGUUUGAGAUAAAAUCCAUAGAAGUCACUGAAGCCAGUAAUAAUCAGAAUGACUUGAAUACAAAUUUUGAUAGAUUAUGUAUUGAACAGCCUGAUGAGGUAUUUGAAGUAACAUCCCACACUAAAUGGAAAUUAUACAGAGACCAAGAAGACUUUGAAAAGAACACAAGAGAAGAACAAUUAACCUCUUUAGCAGGGAUAGAGGAAGAGUUAUCUGAAAUCCGUGGUCUCAUGUACACUUGUCUAAACAAAUCCAAAAUCUCUUUUCUGUACCAAACAAAAGCAGUUCUACUCUUUGGCAAUUCAGGCACAGGGAAAACCACAAUAGCACAAACUCUAGCCCAGGAGUCUAAAGCAAACAUAGUUACUAUCAGCCCUCCAGAUUUGUUCAGCAAAAACACAGUUUCUCCAGAAGAAAACAUCAGAGAGAUGUUCAAUAAUGCAUUUCAGCAUGCACCAAGUGUUAUCAUUUUGGAUGAGAUAGAUGUUUUAUGCCCUUCUAGGAGCAAUAGACUCAGUGAGACUGAAAAGAGAGUUGUUUCAACCCUAUUGCUUCUUUUUGAUGAAUUGGCAACAAACAAGCACCAAUGUAUCUUCCUUAUAGCUACCACCAAUAAACCUGACAAUGUAGACCCCUCUUUCAGAAGAUGUGGUAGACUUGACAGAGAAAUUGAAAUUCCUACACCUAGUCCACAUAAUAGAAGAUUGAUCCUUGAUAAACUCCUGGAAAAAAUCCCCAAUGUCCUCUCUGAAGAUGACAAUAAAGAUAUUUCAUUGAACACUCAUGGUUUUGUUGGAGCUGAUCUAGUUUCUUUAUGCUCUAGAGCUGGCUUGCAUGCAAUCAAAAGAGGGGCUGCUGAGGUUAAUUUGGAGGAUUUCAAGUUUGCUAUGAAGAUGGUGAGGCCUAGUGCAAUGAGGGAGGUUCAGAUUGAGGUACCAAAUGUGAAAUGGUCAGAUAUAGGUGGCCAAGAAAAUCUCAAGUUGAUUUUGAGACAAGCAGUGGAGUGGCCACUGAAGUACUCAGAUAGUUUUUUGAGGUUAGGGGUGACGCCGCCAAAAGGAGUUUUGAUGUUUGGCCCCCCAGGAUGCUCCAAAACUAUGAUAGCAAAAGCCCUAGCUACAGAAAGUGGCCUCAACUUUCUCUCUAUUAAAGGACCUGAACUAUUCAGUAAAUGGGUAGGCGAAUCAGAACGAGCCGUAAGAGAGGUAUUCCGGAAAGCCCGCCAAGUGGCGCCGUCUAUAAUAUUUUUUGACGAAAUAGAUGCUCUGGGUGGGGAGAGGUCCUCCAAUUCUUCUACUAGCGUUCAGGAGCGAGUUUUGGCGCAACUUCUCACUGAACUCGAUGGGGUCACUCCUUUAGGGGACGUCACGAUUUUGGCGGCUACAAACAGGCCUGAUAGAAUUGAUAAGGCCCUUUUGAGACCAGGAAGAUUAGACAGGAUAGUUUAUGUUCCAUUGCCUGAUAAACAGACUAGAAGGGAUAUAUUUAGAAUCAAAUUCGAGAAAAUGCCCAUUUUGAAUGUGAGUAUAGAAGAUUUAGUGGAAAAUACCGAAAGCUACUCUGGAGCAGAAGUCAACGCAGUGUGCCAUGAAGCAGCCAUGAUGGCUUUGGAAGAAAAUUUGGAAAGUCAACAUGUGGAAGGUAGACAUUUUGAAAAAGCUCUGAAGUUGAUCACACCUAGAACGCCUUCAAGUUUGAUCAAGUUAUAUGAAGAUUAUUUGCAAAAUAAAAUAUGAAGA